AUGGUGGUACCGGCGAGACAGGCGCGCGAGCGUGGGCGGCAGUCCGAGCGCGUAGGCAACAGCGGACGCGCAGGUGGCAGCAUGCGCAGCAGCGCGAGUGCGGGGAGAGGGGGAGAUGGGGGAGGGGUGGAUGGGGGAGGAGGAGAGGGGGGAUGGGGAGACGGGGACCUCAGGGUGAACGACGCAUGGGAGCAGGGAGCUGGAGCGAUGCGGAGGCGCGUGCUAACGGAGUUGAAGGAGGUGGGGCACGCGGUCCAUUCUCAAAAUGUUGGAUAUAAAGGGCAGGCGAAUUUUGACUCGUCUCAAAAGGGCAGGCCGUGCGCAGCUAGAAGGGAUCCCCCCUCUCACCUCCCCCGCCCUCUCACCUCCCCCGCCCUCUCACCUCCUCCGCCCUCUCACCUCCCCCGCCCUCUCACCUCCCCCGCCCUCUCACCUCCCCCGCCCUCUCACCUCCCCCGCCCUCUCACCUCCCCCGCCCUCUCACCUCCCCCGCCCUCUCACCUCCCCCGCCCUCUCACCUCCCCCGCCCUCUCACCUCCCCCGCCCUCUCACAUCCCCCGCCCUCUCACCUCCCCCACCCUCUCACCUCUCCCCGCCCUCUCCCCUCUCCCCGCUCUCACCUCGCCCUACCCUCUCUCCCCCAAUUUCAGUAGGGCGGGCGUGGAGGGGCACUGCUACAGCAAGUCAGAGUUGGGUGAAUGA